UGUGGUUCUUAGGUCAGUUGUCAAUUAUUUGAUAGUUGUCAUUUGUCAUUCAUCAACGAACGAAGAAUGGAGAAAAAUUACAAAUGACAACUCUUUUCUGUCAUACGUAUUGUUAGGCAGGUUUCUUUUAAAAAUGGCCAAACGCACCAAGAAGGUUGGAAUUACUGGCAAAUAUGGUACUCGAUACGGUGCCUCCCUUCGUAAAAUGGUCAAAAAGAUGGAAGUGACCCAACACGCCAAAUAUACUUGCUCCUUCUGUGGAAAAGAUGCCAUGAAACGUAGCUGUGUGGGUAUUUGGUCAUGCAAGCGUUGUAAAAGAACUGUAGCUGGUGGGGCCUGGGUUUUCUCAACCACUGCAGCUUCAUCCUGUCGUUCAGCUGUCAGAAGAUUACGUGAGGUCAAGUAAAUGUUAGAAUAAGUCAAUAAAAUAAUUUACAAAA